AUGGUUGCCGACACGACAUAUUAUGACAUUUUGGGUGUCCCAUCCACCUCAACUGCCCUUGACAUCAAAAAGGCAUAUCGGAAAGCGGCUAUCAAAUUCCAUCCUGAUAAAAACCCAGAUGACCCGGAGGCAAUUGCCAAAUUCCAGGCCAUUGGCGAAGCAUACCAAGUUCUUUCAGAUGACCGGCUAAGAGAAAAGUACGAUAAGUAUGGUAAACAGGAGUCUGUCCCAUCAGAGGGAUUUGAAGAUCCUACGGAGUUCUUUUCAAUGAUUUUUGGCGGCGAAGCUUUCAAAGAUUGGAUUGGCGAAUUAUCAUUGUUACAAGAGAUGAGCAAAACGGCAGAGCUUUCAGGCAUGGGUGACGAUGCUGAUGCUGAUACUAAGAAGACCGACGCGAAGGCUUCAGACGAAACCUAUCCCGAAACAUAUCCUGAGACUUCAGAAGCUCUGAAGGCAACCUUGUAUCUCGAAGAUGGAAGCACUGUUUUAGACGCUGAUGGUAAAAAAAUAACUCACCAAGAAGCGGAGAAGCGCAGGCGACAGGAGGAACUCGAAAAGUUUGAAGAAGAGUGCAGAGUCAAAAAGAUUGAGACUCGAAAUGAGCUUGCCAAGAGACUUGUGGAAAAGUUGUCUUUAUUUACAGAAACAGACAUGGCCGACGAUGUUGCAGAGUCCUUCCGUCAGAAACUCAAGUAUGAGGCAGAAUCUUUGAAAAUGGAAAGCUUUGGCUUGGAUAUCUUGCACACGCUAGGUUCCAUUUACAAGACCAAGGCGAAAAUUCUUUUGAAGAGCCAGACUUUCUUAGGCGGAAUUGGUGGAUUAUGGUGGUCUAUGAAGGACAAAGGUGGAGUUAUCAGAGACACGUUCAAGACUGUUAGUUCUGCGUUGGACGCACAGCUGACCAUGGAAGAAUACACCAAAAUGCAAGAAGAUAAUGAGUACCACGCUCGCAAAGAUGCAGAGGAAGAAAGCAAAGGCGACGGUGCUGGUGAAAGUGACCUUGAGAAAGCUGAAGCAGAAAGACGAAGAGCCCAAAAGGAGGUCGACGAACUAGAGGCAGAGUUGAAGAAAGUCCAUCUAGAACAAGAAGAACAGAGGGCCCAUCUAGGCGACGCCAGCUCAAAGCCUGAACAAGAACAAAAGAAGGGACUGCAAGAAAGCGAAGGCGCUACCAAUAAGGAGCCUACUAAAGAUACGAAGAAGGACGAACCGAAGGAACCAGAAAGGCAUACGCCAGAAGAAUUGGCUGAGAUGGAGAAAUACCUUCUCGGAAAAGUUCUUGCUGCGGCAUGGUCAGGAUCCAAAUUCGAAAUUCAGGGCACUGUACGUGCCGUGUGUGACCAGAUUCUCUACGAUAAGGAAGUUCCAUUGGAAAAGAGAGUAGCAAGAGCAAAGGGUUUAAAGAUAAUUGGUGAUGUUUUCGCGGCUACCACAAGAACAGAAUUAGAAGAUGAAGAGGCUCGUAUGUUUGAAGAAUUGGUAGCUGAGGCAUCUCAGAAGCGCAAAAAGAGAAAGGCGCCCAAGACAGAAGAAGCAGAACCAUAG